AUGUCCUUUGAAGAUUUUGCCGCAACAUGUUCACGAACAUUUGCUCAAACACCUGUGCGCCUUAUACGUAUGUCAUCAUCGUUAACCAUGUUUGCUGGUUGUCUUGAUGCAUCUUAUCGUCAUAUUGUUUUACUAUGUCAACCACAUUUUACAGAUAACUCAAUAUCAAUAGCUUUUUACUUAAACGGCACAGCUUAUUUUGAGCAUUUAAAUGAAGAAAAAAUUCGCCAACGCCUACAACUAUUAAAUAAUCCACGUAAAACAUCAUUUCAUCGUGAUGAUCUAGCGCCGAUAUUAACACGUUUAAAAUCUAUGGUCAGCAUUAAUUCGCUUAAACAAGAUAAUCAUGAUAGUGAAUUACAUGCGAAACUUUUAUCAUCAAGAUUAUUAUCAGUUGAAAUCUAUCAGGAUAAUUCAAGAUUUAAAUUUAAAUUUCGCUGCGAAGAACGUCCAGAACUAUUUGAACAACAUUAUGUUAGACAAUUAUUAAUACAAGUUAAAGAGUUAUCGCAACGACAAACUUAUCUCUGUGAAUUAUUAGAACAUAAAGAUGAAUUACCACAAUUCGAUUCAAAACUUUUUCUUCAUACACCGAUGACACUGGUUGAUGAUAAUGAAGAACAAGACGAAGAUGAUGAUAUUUUAUCGUCAUCAACUACUGCUCGUUUAUGGAAAGCAUCAUUUGGUCGACGUGGCGGUCAAAAGUUUCUUGAUAUAUGUUUACUUAAAAAAGCUUAUUUGAAAGCAUUAGAUGGUUUGGGCGAUGAAGAAGAAGAAGAAGACGGCGAACAUGCAGAGGAAGUUUCGUCUGUUCUAAAUACAAUUGUUGAUCAAACUGCUGCUGACGAAGAUGAUUAUGAUGAUACCGAACAAAACAAUGAUGAUGUUGGUUUAGCAGCUCGUAUUACAAAACGUUCCAUGGCAUCAGAGCUCAGCCUAGAAAAGGAUCCGCAUGAAAUGAAACGUUUACGAAGCAGCUCAGCAACUACUGCCGUUUUAGUUUAA